GCAUAUUGCAGCAUCCAGAUGGCACUGUUCUCAAACAAUUGCAGCCACCUCCUCGAGGACCCAGAGAACUAGACUUCUACAAUAAGGUAUUUGCUGAUGGAUGUGAAGACUCUGUGUUUCUUGAACUACAAAAAUAUUUGCCAAAAUAUUAUGGAACCUGGUCAUUGCCUACUGCACCUAAUGAUUUGUACCUGAAACUGGAAGAUGUGACACACAGGUUUAAGAAACCAUGCAUAAUGGAUGUAAAAAUAGGCCAGAAAAGCUAUGAUCCAUAUGCUUCAGAAGAGAAGAUAAAGCAACAAAUCAGCAAAUACCCACUAAUGGAAGAGAUUGGGUUUUUGGUGCUUGGCAUGAGGGUUUAUCAUGUCCCUACUGGUAGCUAUGAGACACAGAACCAGCAUUAUGGAAGAGGAUUAACAAAAGAAACGAUAAAAGAUGGUGUGGCUCGUUUUUUCUAUAAUGGAUUCACUCUGAGAAAAGACGCUGUAGCUGUUAGUAUUCAAAAGAUUAAAGAAAUCUUGCACUGGUUUGAGAGCCAGAAGCAACUUAACUUUUAUGCAAGUUCUUUACUAUUUGUCUAUGACGGUUGGUCUCCGUGGUUAAAUGAUGGCUGUUUGGUUGAGAAGAACAAAGUAGCCAAGGACCAAGUGCCAAGUGAUAGUACAGAUAAUACAUUGGAAUGCAACAACAAUAUUCAUAUCAUCAAUGCCUCAGAAAUGGGGAAGGUAGAGACUUCAGAUGGCAAAGAUUUUUCUAAAACAUAUACUUUUCACAACAGGCACCAGAAUCAGUUUUUGUUAAGAGACCAUCUAUGGAAGAGCAGUUCUUGCUUUUCACAAAAACAUUUGAAUGGAAAUGUUAUACCUCAGCUGGAAAAAGUUUUCAGCCAAAUGCCCAUGUCUCUUCCAGGAAAUGAAGAAGUUGAAGUCCGGAUGAUAGAUUUUGCUCAUGUAUUCCCUAGCGAUAUGCGAGAUAAGGGCUACAUUUAUGGGCUGAAAAACUUAAUUACUGUCCUUCAGAAUAUUUUAGAUAACUAA